AUGGCUAUGGCUGCAUCUAGGUGUUCGAGAUUUCUUGCUAGAAAUGAUCGACAAAAACGCCAGAAAGCCAUACUUGGUGGUGGUAAGAAAAGAAUCGACGCCCAGCAUAAGAAGGGAAAACUGACAGCCAGAGAACGUAUCAACUUGUUACUUGAUGAUAACAGUUUCAUUGAAUAUGACAUGUUUGCUGAACAGAGAUGCACUGACUUUGGCAUGGAAGCAGAGGAUAAGAAGGGAAAACUGACAGCCAGAGAACGUAUCAAUUUGUUACUUGAUGAUAACAGUUUCAUUGAAUAUGACAUGUUUGCUGAACAGAGAUGCACUGACUUUGGCAUGGAAGCAGAGGAUAAGAAGUGGACAUUGGAUAAACAUGCAUUGUUUGCGACAGGUGGCGCUGUUUACUCGCCGGCAUUGACCGACUUUACUUUCAUGGUGAAGAAUACAUCCUAUUUGUUCAUUACCGGCCCUGAUGUUGUCAAGAGUGAAACGAAUGAAGAUGUCACACAGGAGCAGUUAGGAGGAGCCAAAACCCAUACCAGUGUAUCAGGUGUUGCUCAUCAUGCGUUUGAGAAUGACGUAGAUGCACUGCAGCAGCUUAGAAGAUUUUUUGACUUUAUUCCACUGUCCAAUAAAGAUCCCUCUCCAAUUAGAGCAUGCGAUGAUCCAUGGGAUCGGUUAACCCCAGCGCUGGAUUCUACGGUGCCACAUGCAUCCAAUAAACCAUAUGACAUGAAAGAGAUCAUUUUAGCUGUGAGGUGCCUGGAUAUCAAUGCAUCUGUGAAAGGAGCUCGGUUUGUUCGUUUCUGUGAUGCUUUCAAUAUUCCUGUUAUUACCUUUGUAGAUGUACCAGGAUUCUUGCCAGGAACUCACCAAGAAUAUGCUGGUAUUAUUCGCCAUGGUGCUAAACUGUUGUAUGCGUUUGCCGAGGCUACUAUACCCAAGAUUACAGUCAUCACAAGAAAGGCUUAUGGUGGGGCCUAUGAUGUCAUGAGUUCAAAACAUCUGCGAGGAGACAUCAAUUACGCAUGGCCCACGGCUGAAGUGGCUGUGAUGGGUGCUAAGGGGGCUGUCAAAAUUAUCUUCAGAGGCCAGUCCGCAGCUGAAGCUGAGAAAGAAUACAUCGAGAAGUUUGCCAAUCCAUUUCCUGCUGCUGUGCGAGGUUUUGUGGAUGACAUCAUCGACCCAAGAACCACUAGAAUGAGGAUCUGUCGGGAUCUGGACAUGCUUUCCACAAAGAACAUAACAAAUCCAUGGAAAAAACAUGGAAAUAUUCCAUUGUAAAUCCAACAACAACAAAAUUGCUAUAGAAACACCAAAUCAUAGUAACUGCACAAAAAACACUUCUUGUUCAGUUAUUUGCAUGAACAUUAUGUAGGCUUGUUACACACUGCAACAAUCUUGCAAAAUAGGCAUGCCCAAAAAUGUGAAUGUACACUUAGUUUUGAGAAAUUUCAGUGUUGUAAAAUUUUUAUGACCAAUUUUUGUCAGUAACUAGAAUUGCAAUAUAAGAGUCAAAGAUGUAUAUUCAGUUCAAGAAACUGACACCUACAUAAAAAAAACUACAAUAUAUUGUUGUGGUGGAAAUGAGCACAGUUUUAUAUUUGUUUGUCGUCUGCUUGUGGUAACCUUUGACAACACAUCAAAACACAUAUGUGUAUUCUCUUUAAGUGCUAAUAUAAUAUAUAGAAUAGUUUAAAGAAAUUGCUGUUUUUAUUUUCUAUAUGUAAUUUACUAUUAAUAUUAUUUACACCUUGCACUAUUUAAAAUGGAGCAUGCGCAGCUCAUUUGUUUUUAUGCUAUAAAAGAAAACAACCUCUCAGUGUCAAGUUUCAUUUAUUUUGUAUUACCGUACUCUACACAUUAAUGCUGCAUGUAAUGUCAGAUCUCUCCAGUCCAAUUUUUUAAAAUUUCAAAUAUUUAAAUGAUUUGUAAUUUUUUUUUUCAUGCAAAUAGAAAACUUGCCAUUACCAUUCUUGUUGUAAUUCACUGAGCUGGAUUACUGCGAUACUGAAAUAAGUCCUUUUAUCUCCAUGAAUGUUGGGCUAUGAGUAACAGACAUGUUUUACCAAUUAAUGGUUUAAUAAAACAAUUGUUCCAUAAAUAAUGUAUGACAUUAUGGUCCAUUGAUAUGAUAGUAAAAGUAAUAAUGUUGACCAUGAACAAAGCAAUAUGAUGUGAUGGGUUGUAUUUGUAGAAAAUGUUCUAUGGUUUAGAAUGAAAUCUCUCAGUACAGAGCUUAUACGAGUAUGAUUGAAUAGUUAAUGGGAAAAGUGAAAAGUACUUCAAAGCAAUCACUGAUUGACUGGAAUGUAUAACCCAACACUACAUUUUAUUGUAAGCUAUGCUGCUUCUGAUUGUGCUAGAGAGCUUGUAAUUUUGAAUAAAUGUGUCAUUAUAUAUUGAA